AUGGAAGCGAUCAGUGAAGUUGGCCCAUCGGAUGAGGUGUUGGUCGCCGUCGGAGGCUCGACGUUUUCAAGCCGUGUGUCCGACUUGGCCGAAGUCCCGUCGUUCAAGGACCACUUCAACAGGGAUCCGGACGCGCCACGCGCCCGGCUGACCCUAAAAGGGCAUUACUUCUCAUCAGAUGGCGUGCCGACGAUCCGAUGGCCGGGAGUGGACCUCACUGCUGCACCCUACAUGCUCAGAUUUUUGAAACAAUUCUACGUGCGGGACGGCCCGGAGGCCUACGACAUCGUCAAGGAGUUUGAGGCCGAGAACGCACCCCUGCUCCUCAUAAGGAACGAAGCCCGAUCCAACGGAAUUCUGCAGCUCGAGGUGGCCUGCGAUAAAGUGAUGAGCGAGCGAACCGGCGGCGAUCCACAACCAACCCAGCCCUCCUUCUUCGAGAAAGCCGCCAUCGUCGGAACGGUCGGAGCGGCCGCUGCCUUAGCAAUGAAGACAUUUUUUAAG